AUGAUCAUGAGACACAAAGAUUGGGUGAUUGCGACAGCGCUAACAUCGUUGUUGUUUGUUUCUUUUCCGGCGUUCAGUGACGGACUUGUUCCUCCGCGUUUGCUGCUCAAUAAGUUGUCGGAGGGCAAAUAUCUCACCAAUCAGGCGCUCUGGUUCGACCAAACCCUCGAUCACUUCUCUCCCUAUGAUCACCGUCAAUUCCGGCAGCGUUACUAUGAGUUCCUAGACUAUUUUCGGAUUCCUGAUGGACCAGUUUUUUUGGUAAUCGGUGGUGAAGGCACGUGCAUUGGAAUAGCAAAUGACUAUCUUGCUGUACUGGCAAAGAAGUUUGGAGCAGCUUUGGUUUCUCUGGAACAUCGCUACUAUGGAAAGAGUUCUCCGUUCAAUUCUUUGGAGACAGAAAAUUUGAAAUAUCUUUCAUCCAAGCAGGCACUCUCUGAUUUGGCCUUUUUUCGCCAGUAUUAUCAGGCAAGCUACAUUGUAUUGCUGAUGUAG